CUGCGAAACGGCCGCCCCGGGAGCUGGGCUGUGCUGGCACUGCCUGCCUGGAGCUGCUGCCGGGCUGCCCCGGGGCCGCGACGCCGGAGCCGGAGCCGUGCGUGGGGCAGAGCGGGGCUGCGCCCCAGGUGGUGAGCCAUGGCGGUGUGGAUCCAGGCGCAGCAGCUCCAGGGCGAAGCCCUGCGGCAGAUGCAGGCUCUCUACGGGCAGCACUUUCCCAUCGAGGUGCGGCACUACCUGUCGCAGUGGAUCGAGAGCCAGGCAUGGGACUCCAUCGACCUCGACAACCCCCAGGAGAACGUGAAGGCGACGCAGCUGCUGGAGGGGCUGAUCCAGGAGCUGCAGAAGAAGGCAGAUCACCAAGUGGGUGAAGAUGGCUUCCUGCUGAAGAUCAAGCUGGGGCACUACGCCACGCAGCUGCAGAACACGUACGACCGGUGCCCCAUGGAGCUGGUGCGCUGCAUCCGGCACAUCCUCUACCACGAGCAGCGACUGGUGCGGGAGGCCAACAAUAGCCCCUCGCCGGCUGGCUCCUUGGUGGAUGCCAUGUCCCAGAAGCACCUGCAGAUCAACCAGACCUUCGAGGAGCUGCGGCUCAUCACACAGGACUCGGAGAACGAGCUCAAGAAGCUGCAGCAGACGCAGGAAUACUUCAUCAUCCAGUACCAGGAGAACAUGCGUCUCCAAGCCCAGUUCUCCCAGCUCUCCCAGCUGGGCCCUCAGGAGCGCCUGUCACGGGAGACGACGCUGCAGCAGAAGAAGGCAUCGCUGGAGGCCUGGCUGCACCGGGAGGCCCAGACACUACAGCAGUACCGCGUGGACCUGGCUGAGAAGCACCAGAAGACGCUGCAAGUGCUGCGUAAGCAGCAAACGACCAUCCUGGAUGACGAGCUGAUCCAGUGGAAGCGUCGUCAGCAGCUGGCAGGGAACGGGGGCCCUGCCGAGGGCACCUUGGAUGUGCUGCAGACCUGGUGCGAGAAGCUGGCGGAGAUCAUCUGGCAGAACCGGCAGCAGAUCCGCCGGGCCGAGCACUUGUGCCAACAGCUGCCGAUCCCUGGGCCCGUGGAGGAAAUGCUGUCGGAGCUGAACGGCACCAUCACCGACAUCAUCUCUGCCCUGGUCACCAGCACCUUCAUCAUCGAGAAGCAGCCCCCGCAGGUGCUGAAGACACAGACCAAGUUCGCAGCCACCGUGAGGCUCCUGGUUGGGGGGAAGCUGAACGUGCACAUGAACCCCCCCCAGGUGAAGGCCACCAUCAUCAGCGAGCAGCAAGCCAAGGCCCUGCUGAAGAAUGAGAGCACCCGCAACGAGAGCAGCGGGGAGAUCCUCAACAACUGCUGUGUGAUGGAGUAUCACCAGGCCACGGGCACGCUCAGCGCUCACUUCCGCAACAUGUCCCUGAAGCGCAUCAAGCGCUCAGACCGCCGUGGGGCCGAGUCGGUGACAGAGGAGAAGUUCACCAUCCUCUUCGAGUCACAGUUCAGCGUUGGUGGCAACGAGCUGGUCUUCCAAGUGAAGACGCUGUCCCUGCCUGUGGUGGUAAUCGUGCACGGGAGUCAGGACAACAACGCCACGGCCACUGUGCUCUGGGACAACGCCUUUGCCGAGCCUGGCCGUGUGCCCUUCGCCGUGCCUGACAAGGUGCAGUGGCCGCAGCUCUGCGAGGCGCUCAACAUGAAGUUCAAGGCAGAGGUUCAGAGCAGCCGCGGGCUGACCAAGGAGAACUUGGUGUUCCUGGCGCAGAAGCUCUUCAACAGCACCAGCUCCCAUCUGGAGGACUACAGCAGCACCACGGUGUCCUGGUCCCAGUUCAACAGGGAAAACCUGCCUGGGAGGAAUUACACCUUCUGGCAGUGGUUUGAUGGGGUCAUGGAAGUGCUGAAGAAGCAUCUGAAGCCGCACUGGAAUGACGGGGCCAUCCUGGGCUUCGUCAACAAGCAGCAGGCACACGACCUGCUCAUCAACAAGCCCGAUGGGACCUUCCUCCUGCGCUUCAGCGACUCGGAGAUCGGCGGCAUCACCAUCGCCUGGAAGUUUGACUCCUCUGAGAGGAUGUUCUGGAACCUGAUGCCUUUCACUACCAGGGACUUUUCCAUCCGCUCCUUGGCCGACCGCCUCGGGGACCUCAGUUACCUCAUCUACGUGUUCCCUGACCGGCCCAAGGACGAGGUUUUCUCCAAGUACUACACGCCGGUUCUCUGUGAGUCCACGCCAGCUAAAGCCGUGGAUGGAUACGUGAAGCCACAGAUCAAGCAAGUGGUACCAGAGUUUGUCAACGCAUCAGGCGAUUCAGCCCCCGGAGGGGCCACCUACAUGGACCAGGCUCCCUCGCCCGCUGUCUGCUCCCAGCCCCAUUACAACGUGUACACCCAGAACCCUGACACCGUGCUGGACCCCGAGGGUGACUUCGACCUGGACGACACCAUCGAUGUGGCGAGACACGUGGAGGAGCUGCUGCGCCGUCCCAUGGACAGUCAGUGGAUCCCCCACGCCCAGUCGUGAUGGGAGGGUGGGCGCCUGACCCCCCCUUCCCCCCAGCCCUGUGGGGACUGUGCUGUGUUCGUGUCUCUGUACUGGGGGGGGAGGGGGGGGGGUGGUGGUGGGAAGGGCGCUGCCCUGGAGGUUUUUGCUCUGUGCUGCCCCGAAACGCAGGCUGGCGUCCGGCUCUUGGUGUUUAUGCCCCUUGUAUAAACAGCAGCGGAUUCGUCGCAUGGUUUUUUGCUGUAUGUUCCUUUUAAGAGGCCCAGCUUCGGCUUUUCCGCUUCUGCGAGCACCAGCCCCGCAGCCUCCCCCCCCUCCCCCUUGCUCCCCCCUGCCCCCUCGGGGCUGCUCGGGGCCGGGGCUUCAGCCUCAGGUUUCGCUUUCGCAGUGGUCACUAAGAAUGUACGUGUGUCGCCUUCUUGUUCUGCCCUGUGGCUCUGUCCCCGGGGGAU